GCAUUGGGGUUGGGGAGAAAAAAUAGUGUUUUUUGCUGUAAAAAAAUGCCCUCGCAGCUAUAAAUGGUUCAUAUUCCGUGAUAAAAUCAAACUAUUUUUCGGUAAAUUGUGUAUAGUGUCAAUUAAUGGUUCAAUGAAGAGGACGUUUUAAAACCAGUGCCGGCAAAGAGUCAUGUCAGAAGAACAUGAUUGUGCUGAUAGUGUCAAAACAGACGAAAAGUGUGACGAAGACUGUAGUCUCGAAACAGUAAUCGAGACAGGACAAAGUGCGAAGGAAACAGUAGACAGUGCUAUAAAAGAAGCUGUUAGCAGCGAGAAAGAUGAAAAGGUCGAAGUGUACGGAGCUGAUGCUGCGAAUUCGAGCAGCAAAGGCGAAGUCAGUUGGACCCUUGAUGGAAAUGAGUUCAAAGUGUCGUGGAGCGUUCCUGAAGGUGUCAUCGGCACGAAGGAUUACAUCGCGCUAUGUUAUACAGGGUCGGCGGGCAUCGCAGGCGUCGCCGGGCGCGUGCCGGCGGCCGGAUGCGCACGCGGCGACAUAAUGUGGCUGCUUGAUGAGCCCAAUCAGCCUUACGAAGAUUGUGAGCAGCUACUCUGCUUCCGUUACUACAAUGGUGAUGGCGAGGAGUGCGUGGCGGAGUCGCCGACUCUGCCCGCACGCUUCAAAGUGGACCUCAAGAAGCUCCCGCUGCGACUCAAGGAAGGCAUGUCCAGGAAAAGGAGCGGCGACCAGGUCUCUCCUUUCUCCUACAACAACGAAAGCUUUGAGAUGAACUCUGAAAACCCUCGAGUUGAGUUCGUCCCAGGCACCAGCCAGGACAUCAAGCAUCUCAGCGAAAACGUUAACAAAUGCUCAAUUAGUGCUUUAGAAAGUAAUGGGAACAAUCCGAAUCUCGAACAAAGUAAAUGUGAUCCUAGCAAAUCUCUAGAUAGUAAUCUAAGUAACGAAUCUCAGGUAAUUAGUGAAUCUCAAAGUGCUACAGACUGCAAACCGACAUCCUCUGGAGUGAAGAAAAAGUGUCCUCCGCCUGUAGACACGGGCGGCGGGCAGGCACUCAACGGUGUUAAGAAGAAAUCUAAAGUGAACAGCGGCUUCGACUCCCCAACCUCACCGGGUACUGAGUAUUACAAAAUAUGGUCACCAAAGAAUCCCUGCAAGAUAAUGAAGUUUGUGUACGACGUUGAAGGUGCUAACAUGACAAGCGAUGCGGAAAAAUCACCGGUGCCGCCGCUGCCCCCGAGACAAUCGCACAAACCGCUCGAGAGAAUGCACGCGUUAUCUCCGCCGCAGGUACCCAGACAUCGAAAGCCAAAAAAACUCACAAAACCCGAAGACGCGUUCACUUUUGAAUUGAUUGACACGGACGAACAAUUCUUUACCGAUAACAAUAUCACUAACUCAGCUAUGUUACAAGGCGAAUUAAAUGACUUUAAGCCCGGAGAGUUUUACUCCGGCAACCAGACAGCUAUGUCCUCGACUGCCAGCUUUUGGCGAGGAGGACAAAACGUCGCGCCCCUCGCGACGCCAGAGACAGACGGCAGCUUAUGCGAAUCUACAAUUUCCUCCAUGAAAUUAUCUAGGUUAACUGAAGAAAAAAGAAAAGAUGUACCUGAAGGCUCGCCUAGUAUUAGUAGGAAUAAGAUAAUGUUUAUAAAAGAUAUAGGACCCGAUAAUUAUAUAACGACAACGUUCGCGAGAAAAGAUAAGGUUCCGCCAUCUGACACCGUGGACGGCGUCAACCUCACGCCAAACCAUGCAAAGUCUGAAGAGAAGGCUCAAAACAGUUUUUUAAAUGAUAUUAGUAAUCAUUCGGAAUUUGAAGAUGAUAACAGAAACCAAAUUGAGGAGAAAGAAAUCUCGACCUUAAAAGGUCACAAGCCUUUGACAAGGCAGAGCUCGGGACGUGCAAAUACUCCAACUAUGAUGACAGCUUUUUUGAAUUCCUCGCAUAUAGAUACUCCAAACAGAGAGAUUGACAACAACAGUUCAAACGGACCCAGCUCUUGCAAUUCAUCCCAUUCUGGUUCGCCAGUAGAAGAGGUCAAUAAAGCGUUUCCGAGCGUAGGUACUAUGAUAAUGAAUAGGAAGUAUUCUUGUGAGAAUUCAACGCCAAAACAUUCCAGCUUACCUAGGCAUUUAUUGAAAAAUCUUGGAUGCGAAAGUACACCUAAGCAUUCGCCGCAUAAGAGUAAUAAUGUUACGGAUAGUCCAAUAAGGCCACAUCCAAGGGUUUUGACGCGGGUGGCGGCAUUGGCGGGUGCAGCGGUGCCUCAAUGUCCGCCUACUCCGACUCACCACGCGAGAAGACCACGGCCCGUGCCACCGCCGGACUUGCAUCCUCCUCCAGUACAGUCUGAAAACAGGCCGCAUGAGAACUUCGAAAUGGUUGAGUUCACGAACGAGCUAAGGACUUCGGAGAUCAGAUCUCCUAACUUGGAGUUUGUGAAUAGUAAUCAUUUCACGAUAGUGCACGCGGGGCCCCCGGAUGACGUAGUGUUGAGAAGACCGAGGCCUGUGGAAGACAGUGAUGAUAAUGACAAUGCUGUGGCGUCGCCGACUCCACUAAGGCAUAUGGCAGGGAUCAGAUUACCAUCGAUACCUGAGCGGGCGUCCAGGCAGAUGGCCUUGACCGGAGAUUUUCCAGCCAAUAUGAUUGGCGGGAUUAUCGAAUGCGAAGAACCUUUACCAGCGGGAUGGGAAGCCAGAAUGGACAGUCAUGGGCGAGUGUUCUACAUCGACCACAUCAACAGGAUGACGACAUGGCAGCGGCCAGGGGUCAACGGAGCCACGCCACGGUCCCCGGAACCUGAAGUACAGAGGCGACAACUAGAUAGGAGAUACCAGUCCAUCCGGCGCACCAUGACCCGCACGCAGCUGGCCGAGGAGGACGGCGCAUGCGCCCCGCCGGCCGCCUCCACGUCCGCGGCGCCCGACCCCCCGCAUGCGCCGCACCCCGCCGCCGAGUUCCUCGCGAGACCUGACUUCUACUCCAUACUACAUAUGAACCAGGAAGCGUCAUCGCUCUACAAUGGCAACUCGACUCUUAAGCACAUGAUAUCCAAAAUAAGGCGAGACACAUCAUCCUUCGAGCGUUACCAGCACAACAGGGAUCUGGUAGCACUGGUCAACAUGUUUAGUGAGAGCGACCGUGCUUUGCCACUUGGCUGGGAUACCAAGCUUGAUCGGAACGGCAAGCGUUUCUACGUGGACCACGUGAUGCGUCGCACCACGUUCAUCGACCCGCGCCUCCCUCGUGCGCCCCAGGCCGGCCCGUUCUCGCCGCUACUGCCACAGCGGAGGCGGCCGAUACUCAUCGAGCAGGCUCCUACACCACCUCCUCGACCGCCACUUACUGUGGGAGAUGCGCACACGCACAAUAUUCAGCCUGAGAUACCUGUCGCGUACAAUGAUAAGGUGGUGGCGUUCCUGCGGCAGGCGAACAUUAUGUCGAUCCUGCGCGAGCGCUGCGGCGGCUGCGGCGGCGCGCUGCGGGAGAAGGUCAACGCCGUCAGGGUGGAGGGCGCGCCCGCGCUGGCGCGGUACCAGAACGACGUGCAGCUCACCUGCUUGCUCAGCCUGUUCGAACAGGAGAUCAUGAGCUACGUGCCAGCGGGCGGUUGCGGGGCGGUCAGUCUCACGACGGCGUCGCCUGCCGCGUCGCCGGCCGCCGCGCGAAGCACACGUGCGCCUGCGCCGCAGCGACGCGACUUCGAGGCCAAACUACGCGCCUUCUAUAGGAAACUCGAGAGCAAAGGAUAUGGGCAGGGGCCAGGGAAGCUCAAACUGCACAUUCGCCGUGAGCAUCUUCUAGAAGACGCGUUCCGUCGCAUCAUGUCGUGUGGGAAGAAGGAACUUCAGAAGGGCAAACUGUGCGUCAUCUGGGACGGAGAAGAAGGCCUGGACUACGGCGGGCCGAGUCGAGAGUUCUUCUUUCUGCUGUCCAGAGAACUAUUCAACCCUUACUACGGACUGUUCGAGUACUCAGCCAAUGAUACCUACACGGUCCAUGUCUCGCCGAUGUCGGCGUUCGUCGAUAACCAUCAUGAGUGGUUCCGCUUCUCCGGGCGAGUGCUAGGGCUGGCGCUGGUCCACGGGUACCUGUUGGAAGCCUGGUUCACUCGCGCCCUCUACCGGGCGUUGUUGAGACUACCGCCCGCUUUGGAAGACGUCGACGCUUUGGACGCGCAGUUUGCCGCUUCACUACGGUGGUUGCAGUCUGCCCGCUGCGUGUCAUCGCUGGAGCUAACAUUCGCUGUCUCCGAGCGGCUCGCCGACGGGCGCGUGCUAGAACGCGAGCUGAAGCCAGGAGGACGCGACGUGGCCGUCACUGAACGCAACAAGAAGGAGUACCUCGAGAGAGUCGUCAGAUGGCGCGUCGAGCGAGGCGUGGCUGAGCAGACCGAGUGGCUGGUGCGCGGGUUUCAUGAAGUGGUGGACCCCCGGCUGGUGGCGGCGUUCGACGCCAGGGAGCUGGAGCUGGUGAUAGCGGGCGCGCCCGAGCUGGACGUGGCGGACUGGCGCGCUAACACGGAGUACCGCAGCGGGUACCACGACGCGCACCCCGUCAUCAUCUGGUUCUGGCAGGCCAUUGACAGAUUCACAAACGAACAGCGAUUACGGCUCGUCCAGUUCGUGACAGGCACGUCUUCAAUACCGUACGAGGGCUUCUCGGCGUUGCGCGGCUCCACGGGCCCGCGGCGGUUCUGCAUCGAGCGCUGGGGCCGCGUCGAGUCCCUGCCGCGCGCACACACCUGCUUCAACCGCCUCGACCUCCCCCCAUACCCCACCCCGCAACUACUCCACGAAAAACUCCUACUCGCCGUCGAAGAAACCAACACGUUCGGCAUCGAGUGAGAACGCGUAGUUACACAUUCGGGUUUCAAAAUGGCGAACCGAAAAUGGCGUGCAGAAAAGGCGCGAAACAACUUGAUACGUUCUGGCGGGAAUUUCUUUAUUCUUUAAUAGAGUAUAUAAUGGUAUAUAAUUGCAAGUUGCAAAACGCGUCAGAAGACGAUACCCUAGGGUGUGGCCUGAUAAGAUAAGCAGGUUCAAUGGCAGCAAAUAUGUCGCCAGAUGUAAUAUAAUAAAUAAGUUUACUUAGUUGUUGUCAGUGUAAAUAAUAGUCAAAUGAUAACUUAGUCGAGAUGGGUGGAGAUAUAUUAUGCAAAGAGGCUGUAUACUGGUAUAGUUGGGUAAAAAGUUACAAGAAAAUACCUUCCAAGACUAACGUAUCUUGUUGCCAAAAGUAAACGUACUAAUCGUAUAAAAGGGCAAGGUCGGGUCAUUCGUAAAACUAACUCAAAUUAAUAAAAAAUACAUUUGAAUGUAUUAUGUACCUACCAAACUUUUGGAUACCAGUAUGGCUUGGCACUAACUAGCCUUAAAAACAAAAUCAAGACGUAAAAAUUAAAAUGAAGUUCUAAGCAUGUGGGACAAAGAUAGUAAUACGCAAAAAUAUUAGGUAUACGCCGCAAAAAUGACGUUCUGCACACACCGUAAACUUAAGAGUUGGGUUAGGUACAAUUUAGUAUAAAAAAAUACUUAUUACCUUUUAUAAUGAUCCUCAUUUCGUUUGCGGUGCGUCCAGUGCAUAGUGACUAGGAGCAAUGCUGAACUCCUAGGAGAACUACUGUUACAAUUUGUAUUCUACCGCUUAUAUUGUAAGGAGUAUAUUGUGGCUGUGAACGGAGCCUCUCCGUAUUAGAUAUUACGCUUUACGUCACUAAUUUAUAAUUAAAUGUAUUUUAACCUUUGAAGUACCCCUGAUAAUUGUUUAUUUAAUAAAAUGUUCUUAAUGUUUGACAAACUGAUAAUUUAUCUCUUUUAUAACAUUAAUGUUAAUUGUUUCAUUGGAGAAUAACUUCCUAAUUUUACGCGGCGGGAGAAAAAAUAUCACAAUUUAAAUGCGACAGAGAAAUGUUUUUCCUUCGUUUUUUAAAACAAAACCUUUAAUAGGUUUUGUUUUACACCGAUUUACAUAUAAGAGGGCUGCAUUAAGGCACUCCGAAGAGCUGUUAAUUUUAUUAUGCCUACACACUAAGUUCUAUGGCUGUGUAUGAAGUAAAUUAGACAUAGCUGUCGCUAUCAGUGUCCUGUAGCCACUUCUGCGGUCCGACUCAGAAUUUACAAACUUACAUUAUUUUUCAAAUAAUUAUACCUACCUUAACACUGUAAUUUAGCAACACUAGUCAUUACCUGCAUAUUGCCUAUAUUAAUCUGGUGUACUAACUCUUAUUAUAAAUAAUUUUGGUUAUUCAUAACAAUGUUUAUGUAAAGUUUUUGAAUAAUCAUGAUAUGAAUGUGAUUGUUUUACUAAUGGCAAUGUUCCUUAUGUAAAAAUACGGUGUAAAACGUAUUAAAUAAUAUGUACUUUAACAAAUAUUCAUAAAAUUCGCUUAGAUUCACAAAAUUGUAAAUAGUUCACAUUAUUUAUUCUUAUGUACUCAUUACACCCGUUUAGUUUAUUUACUUUUUGUAAGUAAUAGUUCUAUUAUGUUGAAUAUUUAAGUAACUUUGUAAAUUGUUUUAUUAUGUAAAUUUUAAGUGAAUUGUUUUGGUGUGAACGUGAAAAAAACAUGUCAAUAUAUCAUAUUACUUACAACAACCUUGUUUCAUUGCCCCUUUAUAAACACCAUCUUGUAUUUGACUACACAAGAAUGCAUGGCGUCUUACAACCAGGCAAUUCACUUACAGUAGAUACCUACCUCUUCUAAUAUCUUAAAAAUAAUACUUCUGCGCAUUUAUUUGACGAUAUACGCGUUUAGAGACGACCACCACCUUAGUAGCGAGCUAAUUAUAACGUCGUCCUAGUAAUAUAUAGCACCACUGUGUGGUUUUCAACACAUUGUG